UCCACAGUUCCUGCCAGGAGAAAGGAACAUUCUGAGGGGAGUCUAUACCCUGUGGAGCUCAAGAUGGUCCUGAGUGGGGCGCUGUGCUUCCGAAUGAAGGACUCGGCAUUGAAGGUUCUUUAUCUGCAUAAUAACCAGCUUCUAGCUGGAGGGCUGCAUGCAGGGAAGGUCAUUAAAGGUGAAGAGAUCAGCGUGGUCCCCAAUCGGUGGCUGGAUGCCAGCCUGUCCCCCGUCAUCCUGGGCGUCCAGGGUGGAAGCCAGUGCCUGUCAUGUGGGGCGGGGCAGGAGCCGACUCUAACACUAGAGCCAGUGAACAUCAUGGAACUCUAUCUUGGUGCCAAGGAAUCCAAGAGCUUCACCUUCUACCGGCGGGACAUGGGGCUCACCUCCAGCUUCGAGUCGGCCGCCUACCCGGGCUGGUUCCUGUGCACGGUGCCUGAAGCUGAUCAGCCUGUCAGACUCACCCAGCUUCCCGACAAUGCCGGCUGGAAUGCCCCCAUCACAGACUUCUACUUCCAGCAGUGUGACUAGGGCAAUAUGCCCCCCAGAACUCCCUGGGCAGACCAGCUUGGGUGAGGGGAAUCGACUCCAGUGUCCCCACCCAAAUCCUGGGGAAUGGGAGCAGAAACCAGAGGAGGAGCCCAUAUCUGAGCCCCAGGUAUUCCACCUGCACCUCACCUGUUGGACCAGCUUGGUAGGUUGAGAGUCCACUGAGGCACUAGCAAGGAGGUGGCCGGGACAGAUGGGGCUGCCUCUAUGGGCCUCGCCAGCUCCAGCCCAGAUCCAACUGAAGUCCUCAGGCAACAGGCAGCACAGCUCCUACCCCAGGCCUCUCAGGGCUGCCAAGAACACGAGCUCCAGAUGCCAGGCUGUGUUUCAGACCCUGUUCACACUCUGUUUGUCCAUGGGCCCAGAACUUGUGUUGUUCUGCUUUUGGGUCCUCCAUCCAUCCUCUCUGCCUAGAUAAAUCUCUCAUCUUUCAAUACCCUGCUAAGAUGUCACCUCCUCCAAGAAGCUUUUACUGAGUUGAGACCCCCCCA